AUGAAUUUACAUAGUUCGCUAGCUCUAGAUAUUAAAAAUAGCAAAUUGAUUAUUAUUGAUGAGGCCACAAUGAUGACUAAACACGCUUUGCGAUGCAUUGACCGAUUACUUAAAGACAUUAUGAAAAAUUCCCACCCAUUUGGCGGAAAAGUAAUUUUAUUAGGUGGUGAUUUUAGACAGACUUUACCAGUAGUGCCUAAAGGCUCCAAAGUCGAUAUUAUAGAGUCCUGUAUAAAAAGUUCAUAUUUAUGGAGUCAUUUUAAAAUAAUACAUUUGAUUGAUAAUAUGCGCAUUUCAUCAGAUCAAGUUGAUAACAAUGCUUGGUUACUUAAAAUUGGAGAUGGGCUAUCACGCAGCAAUUCUGAUCUUCCUACAAAUAGUGUUAAAAUCCCACCUUAUUUGCUUGAAAAUGAUUCAUUAAUAAAAUGUGUGUAUGGUAAUUCUACUGAAAUUGCUGAUAUAGAUAGUCUUUCUACUAAAAUAAUAUUAACCACCAAAAAUAAAAUUGCACUUACCCUCAACAACGAUAUCAUUAAUAUAAUUUCAGGCCCUAUCAAACAUUAUUAUAGUGCAGAUUCCAUUGAAAGCGAUAAUAAGGAUGAUAUAAUGAAUUUUCCACUAGAAUUUUUGCAUUCACAAACUCCAUCCGGUAUGCCACCUCACAAGCUAACACUUAAGGUUGGUACAAUUGUUAUGCUAUUACGCAACUUGAGCCCAAAGAAAGGACUUUGUAAUGGUACCCGUUUAAUCAUACGACAUUUACAUAUUAAUUUUAAAUACGCUGAGGUAUUGACAGGCACUAAUAAGGGUUAUCGAACGACAGUUUCCUAUAAUUCCCGCUUUUGUGAUUACAAUAAAUAA